ACGUGAUGAAGAACUCGGGUGGAAGACGGGUAUACAUCCAGUGAUGAGGAACCUGGGGAAGUCAGGUCUCAGAGUUUCCUGUCUGGGUCUGGGGACCUGGGUGACCUUUGGCGCUCAGGUUUCAGAUGAGAUGGCUGAGAACCUGGUAACAGUUGCGUAUGAGAACGGCAUAAACUUGUUUGACACAGCAGAGGUGUACGCAACGGGCAGGGCAGAGCUCACCCUGGGAAGCAUCAUUAAGAAGAAAGGAUGGAGGCGCUCCAGUUUUGUGGUGACCACCAAGAUCUACUGGGGUGGUCAGGCGGAGACAGAGAGGGGGCUUUCCAGGAAGCACAUUAUCGAAGGCCUAAAGGGAUCGCUGUCUAGACUGCAACUGGAGUAUGUGGACAUUGUUUUUGCAAAUCGCACAGACAUCUCCAGUCCAAUGGAAGAGGUGGUCCGUGCCAUGACCUUCGUCAUCAACCAGGGCUUGGCCAUGUACUGGGGGACGUCCCGCUGGAGCACCGUGGAGAUCAUGGAGGCGUAUUCUGUGGCGCGGCAGUUCAACCUGAUCCCCCCGGUGUGUGAGCAGGCCGAGUACCAUUACUUCCAGAGAGACAAGGUGGAGGCGCAGCUGCCGGAGCUCUACCACAAGAUUGGAGUGGGGGCCAUGACGUGGUCUCCCCUGGCCUGUGGGAUCAUCACAGGGAAGUACAGUGAGGGUGUCCCCGAGGGUUCUCGUGCUGCUCUGAAGGGCUACCAGUGGCUGAAGGAGCGGAUGGACAGUGAGAGUGGCCGCAGGCAGUUGGACAAAGUCAAAGAGCUCCACCUGCUGGCUGAACGUUUGGGGUGCACAGCUGCGCAGCUGGCCAUCGCGUGGUGUCUGCGCAGUGAGGGUGUCAGCUGUGUCCUCCUGGGAGCGUCCAACACCGAGCAGUUGCUGGAGAAUCUGGGCUCCAUACAGCUUUUGUCCCAGUUGACAGCCGAGAUCGUGGAUGAGAUGGACUCGGUCCUCGGGAACCAGCCACAUUCGAGAAAGGAGACGCGAGCCUGACGAGAGACCAGUCGGGAGAGACCAGCGUUAUGCUUCCAGUGUCGUCCCACUCGCCCACUCAGACACACACCUGCAACGCGACACACACUUUAAUAAGCACCUUUUAAUAUUCGUAAGUGCACUUGAGUAUUAAUAAGCAUACUUUAUAACACUUCAUCCAUCGCUGCAGGGAAAUUUAAAAUAUUAAUAGGCGCAGUUUAAUAUUAAUAAGCAUGCUGUACUUCAUAUUGAGUGUUGCAGGUCCUUUUUAGAACGAGACGGGGGAUGGGGGACUGUCCUUCAGGUUCAACAGUGACAUACACACACACACAC